AUGUUAAAAUUUAUUUCCUACGUGUAUAUAUUAAUCGAGCAUGUUGUACAGUGUCCAUUUUUAACAUUAGAAAUUGAAACUGAAGAAGAAGCUGUCAGACUUGUCAGACGUGCUAUAUUAAUAAGAAAAAUUUAUGAAUUAUGGGCAGUAGAAAAAACAUACGAAGAAAUACACUCGCAUGUUAAAGCAAAACCUGAAAGAUGGCCUCAAUAUGAUUAUAUGUCAUUUAAAUUUUCAGUAUCAGCUUUUGGAUCUACAUGCUCAUUAGAUUAUCAAGUUCGUAUCAUUAAUUCAUUUUCUUAUCUUGGGUUCAAAGGUGAUAUUGAUUUGAAGAAUCCACAAGUACAAUUUGCUGUAUUAGAAGAUUAUGGAAUGGAUUUAUCAUCGGGAAAUAGGGAUCUUGUAAAUAAGUUUAAUUUGAAAAAACGUAAUUAUAUUGGAAAUACAUCCAUGGAUGCAGAACUAUCAUUAAUUAUGGCUAACCAAGCAUUGGCAUCGUCAGGCAAAUUGAUAUAUGAUCCGUUUGUUGGAACCGGUAGCUUUCUGUUUACAUGUUCACAUUUUGGAGCGUAUACAAUUGGAUCUGAUAUAGAUGGACGACAAAUUCGUGGUCAAGGUAAUGAAUCUAUUAAAUCAAAUAUAAAACAAUAUCAACUUCAAGAUAGAGUUUUAGAUAACUUGGUGUUUGAUAUUGUCCAUCAUCCAUGGAGAGAAGGUACUUUGUUUGAUGCAAUAAUUACAGAUCCACCAUAUGGUGUUAGAGCAGGAGCUAAAACACUUGGUAGAAAGGAUCCAACAAAAAAACCAAUCAAAACACAUUUAAUUGAUGGAAUUCCAGCGCACAAACAUCAAGAUUAUUAUCCACCAACAAAGCCAUAUGAAAUGUCACAAUUACUUAUUGAUCUAUUGGAGUUUUCAGCAAAAUAUCUAGUAGUUGGUGGAAGAUUGGUAUAUUGGUUACCAAAUGUUGUGGAUGAAUAUUCCAGCACUGACAUACCAACUCAUCCUUGUAUAGAAUUAAUUUCCAACAGUGAACAGAGAUUUGGACAAUGGAGUAGACGUUUGAUAACAAUGGAAAAAGUGAAAGAAUAUAUAAUAGAUCAUCAAACACAUGUGAAUGUUAAAGAGCAUUCGGAGGAUUCUUUGUUGUUUCUUCAGAAAGAUAAAGACGAUGUUACAGAUUGCAAACAAACUGAAGAAAAGAAACCCAGUCACUAUUUAUUUAGAGAAAAGGUUAGAAAAUAA